UUUCUCAAUAAAUAAAAAUGAAUAUUCUGUUUUCCUUCUUCAACAAACCAAAUACGCGGUCCAAAUCACCCCCAAUAUAAGCCUCUCCUCUUCAUUAGGGUUACAAAACAUCCUCCUCUCGUCUCUUUCUUCUUCUCAAUACACACUCCUCAUAUUUUUUUUUUUAUUAAUCCUUGCUCUCACUCAUCUGAAAUUCAAUCGCGGUUUUAAUUUGAUUCACAAAGUCUGUGUUUUUUCCAUUUUUUUUUCCGUAAUUGGAGAUUUUGUGAGGGUGAUAAAUUAUUGAAAUUCGAUCUGCACUUUGUGUGUCUGUAACGGUUCUUCGAUCUUCUCAGUUUAAUCCGGAUUUUUUUCCAUCACAAAAGGGGAAAAAUCGUGGAAAUUCUGUUUUUUUUUUCUUUCAAAGUUUAAAUUCCGGUUGUAAUUUCUGUUAUAUGUGAGCUGAGAGAUGCCAACAACAGAUUUGCACGAGCCAUCUUCAUCGUCGUCUUUUUCAGGGUUUGGGUUUUCGAUUUUGAGCAGACGCCGUGAUCAAGUUCACUCAAUGGAAUCCACGCACGGGGCUAACACCGGCCAAGAAGUUGAAUUGGAGUUCUUCCAGAAACAAGUUGCCGACCGCUUUCAAGAUUUAGCGUCAGCCGAUUCCGAUGAAUUGCUCUCAAUCCCCUGGCUUCGCAAGCUUCUAGACGCAUUCCUCUCUUGCCAAGAGGAAUUCAGAGUUAUUGUUCUCAACAACAAGACCCUAUUGAGCAAGCCCCCGAUGGAUCGGUACAUCGCCGAUUUCUACGAGAGGAGCGUAAAGGCUUUGGAUGUAUGCAACGCCAUUCGCGACGGGAUUGAGCAGAUCAGGCAGUGGCAGAAGCAUUUGGAGAUUGUUUUAUGUGCUCUGGACAAUCAGAGGAUCAUCGGCGAAGGGCAAUUUCGUCGUGCGAAAAAGGCCCUUGUCGAUUUAGCCAUUGGAAUGCUCGAUGAAAAAGAUUCCAACACGACUCUUGGCAGUAACAGGAAUCGUUCUUUUGGGCGUAAUAAUGUGCAGAAGGAGUCGAAAAGCUUAGGCCACUUCAGAUCACUGUCCUGGAGUGUUUCCAGGUCUUGGUCUGCUGCUAGACAGCUUCAAGCAAUCAGUAACAACUUGGUUGCUCCUCGAGCGAACGAGAUCAUGUCCACAAACGGGCUUAAUUUGGCUGUUUUCACAAUGAAUUACGUGCUAUUAUUCGUGAUGUGGGCUCUUGUGGCUGCAAUCCCUUGUCAAGACCGUGGUCUUCAGACACAUUUCUAUGUUUCGAAGCAGUUUUUGUGGGCCGGUCCGAUUCUUUCACUCCAUGAAAGAAUCCUGGAGGAGUCGAAGAAACGGGACAGGAGAAAUGCUUGUGGGCUGUUGAAGGAGAUUCACGAGGUUGAGAAAUGCGCUCGCCAUUUGAAUGAACUGACCGAUUCUGUUCAGUUCCCAAUGACAGAAGACAAGGAGAGAGAAGUGAAGCAGAGAGUUCAAGAAGUGGGAGUUGUUUAUGAAGCUAUAAAGUAUGGGCUGGAUCCGUUUGAACGCGAAGUUAGGGACGUGUUCCACCGAAUUGUGCGCAGCAGGACUGAGGGGCUCGACUCAGUGGGCCGGGCAAAUAAUGAUUGAUGAAUUUGAGCUUUUAUAUGAGUUGAAGUAGAUUGUGGUAAGUGGUACUUGAUAAUUGUUUUCUGAAUUUAGGUUUUCUUUUUUAUAUAUAGGAAGAGAAGGAUGUUUAAAAGUCUUGUAUUUAUCACUUGAUAAUCAAAAUGAUGUAAAGAAAUUAGGAAGAAAAAUGGACCUUAUGCUCUGGUCCAUGGUGCUAUUGUUCCAUCUAUUUGUUUUUGUAUAAUGAAAUUUCCGAGUAAA